GCCCUCUUUUUCCUUCCCCCAAUCAGCAAUCCUCCGCUCGUCUACAGAGAGAACAGAGGGAAAAGAAAGGAAAGAAGAAGGCAGCCAUGGCAACCGCCGCCGCCGACCAGGUCCAAACUCCGGCCGAGACUCAGAACGGAGAGCAGAAGACGAGGCAUCAAGAGGUCGGCCAUAAGAGUCUUCUUCAAAGCGAUGCUCUGUAUCAGUAUAUUUUGGAGACAAGUGUCUACCCCCGCGAGCCAGAGUGCAUGAAAGAGCUCCGCGAGAUCACAGCCAAGCAUCCAUGGAAUAUUAUGACGACAUCAGCGGAUGAGGGGCAGUUUUUGAGCAUGAUUGUAAAGCUUAUGAAUGCGAAGAAAACAAUGGAGAUUGGAGUGUACACGGGCUACUCCCUCCUUGCUACCGCCCUCGCCCUCCCCGAGGAUGGCAAGAUCCUGGCAAUGGACAUAAACCGCGAGAACUACGAACUCGGCCUCCCCGUGAUUCAGAAGGCCGGCGUGGCUCACAAGAUCGACUUCCGCGAAGGUCCCGCCCUCCCCAUGCUCGACGAGCUCCUCAAUGAUCCGAUCAACCACUCCUCCUUCGACUUCGUCUUCGUCGACGCCGACAAGGAUAAUUACCUCAACUACCACAGCCGCCUCAUCGACCUCGUCCGGCCCGGCGGCCUCAUCGGCUACGACAACACCCUCUGGAAUGGUACCGUCGCCGUGCCGGCCGACACCCCCAUGCGCAAGUAUAUCAGAUACUACCGCGAUUUCGUUCUCGAGCUCAACAAGGCGUUGGCCGCCGAUCAGCGGGUGGAGAUCUGUCAACUUCCGGUGGGGGAUGGUGUUACUCUCUGCCGCCGGGUGAGCUGAAGGAGCUAUGCGGUGUUGGUUGGUUUAUGCUUUGUUUUCUGUGGUUGUGUUAUGGUGUCUUUGGAUUUCAUGUGAUUUAUGCGUCUUUGUUGAAA